AUGGCCGACGAGACCUUCGAAUCCGCCGACGCCGGCGCGUCCAAGACCUUCCCCAUGCAGUGCUCUGCUCUGCGCAAGAACGGUCACGUUGUCAUCAAGGGUCGCCCAUGCAAGAUUGUCGACAUGUCCACCUCCAAGACUGGCAAGCACGGUCACGCCAAGGUUAACUUGGUUGCCCUCGACAUCUUCACUGGCAAGAAGUACGAAGAUCUGUCUCCCUCUACCCACAACAUGGACGUUCCCCACGUCUCCCGCAAGGAAUACCAGCUCCUUGACAUCAGUGAGGACGGUUUCCUUUCCCUGAUGGACGACAACGGUGACACCAAGGACGACGUCAAGGUUCCCGAGGGAGAAACUGGCGCAAAGAUCACCAAACUUUUCAAGGAGGAGGAGAAGGACACUAACGUCAUUGUCCUGACCUCCAUGGGCGAGGAGAUCGCCAUGGACGCCAAGGAAGCCCCUAAAUAAUGAAUUACCGUACAAAAGGACCUCUUUCCUGUUCUGUCACUCGUGUGUUUCCAAGGGUUUCUUUGCAUUCGUGUCCUCAAGUUCGUGCAUAUGUGACCUUUUGAACAAAUCACAACAUGUCGGCUUAACUUGAAACCGUCAGUACCGCCUUGGAUGGGUACUCGACUGGCUAUUUGCUUUUUAGUUUGGCAGCAUGAGCGUGUUGAUGUCAGAGGAGCAGUUCUGAGUUCAUCCCUCUCACGAUAGUCUGACGAAUAAAUAAAAAUUCAGUGGAUUCC